AUGAGAAUAGUAAAAAAUAAUUCGAUUUUAAAAUUAGUAAAUUCUUAUCUUAUAGAUGCAUCUCAACCUAGUAAUAUUAGUUAUUUAUGAAAUUUUGGUUCAUUAUUAGCAGUAUGUUUAGGAAUACAAAUUAUUACUGGUGUUACAUUAGCUAUGCAUUAUAGUCCUAGUAUAUUAGAAGCUUUUAAUUCAGUAGAACAUAUCAUGAGAGAUGUUAAUAAUGGAUGAUUAGUUCGUUAUUUACAUAGUAAUACUGCAUCAGCCUUCUUUUUUUUAGUUUAUUUACAUAUAGCAAGAGGUAUUUAUUACGGAUCUUAUAGAUCACCAAGAAUAUUAACUUGAACUAUUGGUGUAAUAAUAUUUAUACUUAUGAUAGGAACAGGAUUCUUAGGUUAUGUUUUACCUUAUGGUCAAAUGUCUUUAUGAGGUGCAACAGUUAUUACUAAUCUUAUUAGUGCUAUACCUUGAAUUGGUCAAGAUAUUGUUGAAUUUAUUUGAGGUGGUUUUAGUGUUAAUAAUGCAACUUUAAACAGAUUUUUUUCAUUACAUUUUUUAUUACCUUUUAUUUUAGCAGCUUUAGUUUUAAUGCAUUUAAUAGCACUUCACGAUACAGCUGGGUCUGGUAAUCCUUUAGGAAUUGCCGGUACUUAUGAUAGAGUACCUUUUGCUCCUUAUUACUUAUUUAAAGAUUUAAUUACUAUUUUUGUUUUUAUAUUUGUUUUAAGUUUUUUUGUUUUCUUUAUGCCUAAUGCGUUAGGAGAUAGUGAUAAUUACAUAAUGGCAAAUCCUAUGCAAACACCAGCUGCUAUUGUUCCUGAGUGAUAUUUAUUACCUUUUUAUGCUAUAUUAAGAUCUAUCCCUAAUAAAUUAUUAGGUGUUAUAACAAUGUUUGCAGCUAUAUUAGUACUACUUACUCUACCUUUCACUGAUUUAGGUAGAUCAAGAGGUUUCCAGUUUAGACCUUUAAGUAAAUUAGCUUUCUAUUUAUUUGGAGUAAUUUUUAUAACAUUAGGUCGUUUAGGUUCAGUACAUGUAGAAGAUCCAUUUAUUUUAAUGGGACAAAUAUAUGCUACAGCAUACUUUGCAUAUUUUUUAAUUAUACUACCUAUCAUUAGUAUAUUAGAAAAUACUUUAAUAGAUUUAUCUAUUAAAAAAUAA